AUGGCGGACGAGGAUAAGGACAUGAUGGAUUCCAAGCCUGCGGCUGUUGUGCCUUCCGCGAUCGAGUCAGACCUCGGAUCGUCCACACCUGAGGUCUUUAAGGACGAAAUCGGAGAUGACUCCCAACAACCAGCGCCAUCAGAAGAAGAGGAACCUGGAAUGGGAACUCCCAACGAUGCUGCUGCUCCUGAUAUCGAGAGGCCGCCCAACGUAGAGGAGGAAUUUGUGGAAGAACAGCAGGCCGUGGAGGGAGCUGAAGGCGCUAUGAAUACCACGGACAUGAAACAACCGGUCACUAUGCAAUCUAACGAAGCACAAAAAGUCCCAGCUGCAGAACCCAUGCGUGAGGAGCCUCCUGCUCCAUUGGUGGCAGAUCCAAGCUUACUGAAGCCUCCCCCACCCGAUUCCACUACACCUGUCGCACCUGAUGUGGUAGCUCCUUUGAUGACAGAACAGAGUCAUUUGAAGCCACCCCCUCAGGCACCCUCAACAAAAAUAUUUGAUGCUGCCCCUUCGCCGCCUCCUCCUGUUGCUCCACCAUCUGGUACAAUAUAUCCCGAUGCAGCUGAAAAAACGGCUGCUGCAGCUUCUUCAAACCAGCCAGCAACCAUGCCUGGAGCCGUGGCUUCUCAGCCAGGGGCAGUGCCUAGCCAAGAACCAGACGUAGGCAAAGCCAAAGAAAUGGGUGCGGGAGUUCCUGCGGAGCAAACGGAAGGUCCUCUUGGUACUAAACAAAAGGAAGGGGGUGAUCCGCUCAAGCAGCCACCAGAAGAAGGAAAAGACCAACAACCACAAAAGAAGCGAGAAAUCAACAAGGAUUUCAGAGAUGUGCAAACAACUGGCAGAUGGGGAGAUAUUAGCCAGACAGAAGUCUAUGUGGUGGCAGCCGUCGUUGUUGUCAUUGUUGUUGUUGUCAUAAUCGUGAUUGCUGUCGUGGCGUCAGGCGGUGAAAGCACAGAAGAAAGUGUGCCACCCGCCACAAUGGCACCAACAGCCAAGGCCACUUCGCUACCUCCGGAAGAACUACUUUCCCUUCUGAGGAAUGAAUGGCAAAGCAACCCAGUCACUUCUCAAGUUCCAUUGGUCAACGAUCCUUCAUACUAUGCCGAUACACUCGAAAACGGAAAUUGUACAGAGACGCCUCUGGACUGUGCCAUGUCCUGGGCCUUGUUUGAAGAUGCUUUUCCACCUCCAACCGAUGAUAUUGCCACUCGAUUCGCAAUGGCAAACUUGUACUAUUCACUGGGGGGAGAUGACUGGAUCAAGAAUACAAAUUGGUUAACCAGCUCGAGCUAUUGUGACUGGUAUGGUGUCAACUGCAAUCGUUUACAGACUGAAGUGGAAGAGCUGAAUUUUGAUGGAAACAACCUCACGGGAGAACUGCCCGUUGCGUUAGCUCUUGUCAGUCCAAUAUCAGUGAUAUCACUCAAAAACAAUGCCAUUGGUGGACUCUUGCCGGCAGAUAUCUUUGCUGGCAUGCCCAAUCUCUUUGUCUUGUAUUUGCAAGGCAACAGGUUUACAGGUCCCAUCCCUGACAAUCUUCAAGACAAUGGAGCCCUUGGUAAGGUUUGGUGGUUGAUUCUGCUGCGCACUCUAUAA